AUCUGUCUUCUAUCACCGUAGAGACCAGUAUUCACAAGCAGCACAUGGAGAAAAUCCUUUGCUAUUUUAAUGUUCUUGUUUUUAAUAUGUGGUAUAUCUGCAUGUUUUGUGAUUCCUGCAUAAGUAAUUGCCUUUGAGGACAAAGUUAUCUGUAUCUAAAUCUGACCUGUAUUAACUCUGACCACCACUAGAUGGUAGUCACUGACCAGAUUAUGUAGAAUUACAUUUCUAUCCAGAAAAGUACAUGUGCAUUUGGUAUAGAAUAGAUAUGUUGUAUUUGGUGAAGCCUGUAGACCUGAGACCAGUGGGGUAGAUGGCAAAGCAGGAUCAAUUAUUUCUGAGAUAGACCAACUGUGCUCUGAAUAAAACAUGUGAUUACAUGUCUGUAUAUAAAGUCUUAACUCUGCACUUGGAAGUCCACCCCCUCUGAUUCAGAUAAAAAGGGGUGGAGAAUGUCAAGAGAAAACUGAAAGUAAAAAUCUGAAGAAAAAGUUUUUGAGACAAAGAGUUACUGGGAGUUAUCUGUCCAACACAGACAUAUUUGAUCUACAAUGGCCACACCCGUUCCACAGCGGCUGGUAGCUACCCUAGAAAAACUAGACAAGGCUACAUUUGAGACCUUCCAGUGGAACCUGAUGGAGGAAACACUCGAAGGCUUCAAUCCCAUGUCAAUCGCCAGUCUAGAGGAUGCUAGCAGGCACAAGACAGUGAGUAAGAUGGUGCAGGCCUACAAGGAAGAAGGUGCUAUGAAAAUCACACAGAAGAUCCUGGAGAACAUAGGAAUGAUUGAUCUAGCAGAUAAGUUAAAGACCGAGGGCAAAAAAGAUCAAGAUGCUACUCCCCAGUCUAGCCAGGAUCAAUCUGCAGUCAUGGAGACAAAGCAGUAUGGUGUCCAAUUUGUGGAUGAUAACAUGGAACAACUUGUUCAAAGGAUUUCCCUGGUGAAUCCAAUAGCAGAUGGCCUGUACCAGAAGAAAAUGAUCCAUUAUGAGGAUUACUCUGAAAUCACUGCGGCCCAAACCAGUAUGGCAAAGAUGAGAAAGCUAUAUGUGGCCCUGCAACAAGGAGGAUCGGUGGCUAAAUCAGCCUUUUACCAAAUUCUACUGAAACAACAAUCUCUUCUAGUCAAAGAACUGGGUGGGGUUGGCCAGGAAUGAAGUCAUAACUUGAGCGGCUUCUACAGUCUUGGUCUGGACUCACUUUU